CCUGCUCCUCCCGCUCUAUAAAUAUAAUACUAGCAGCUUCUGCUCUGCUCCUAGCUACUCCUAGUGGUGGUGGCACCGUAGCACCACCUCAGCUUGAAGGGCGCAAGCAGAGCAGAGCUCACUCCGUCCGUCACUGACCGCACCGCUGCGAUGAAGAAGGUGCGGGCGAGGCCGCGGCGGAUCCCGGCGUUCGGGGAGUGGAACUACUACGACGACGGCGGGUACGGAUACGGCGACGGCGCCGGCGACUGGCCGGUCACCCAGACCCAGUACUUGGACUCCGCCAUGCAGGCCGGCAUCUUUGUCACACUGCCGGCUUCACCGAAGCCACUCAAAAAGGUGGUGAAGUGGAGCGACAGCGGCACGCUGGAGGUGGACGGGGAGCAGAGGCAGGAGGUGGUGGUGGGGCUGCGCGAAGAGCACGGGACGAAGAAGAAGGAGGGGAGGGGGAAGCCCAUAGAAAUUUACCUCAAGGUCCCUCACGCCGCCGACGCCCACCUGAGCACGACCGCAGGCUACAACAAAACUUCUCGCAGGGUGCGGGCGGUCAAGGCCGUGGACGAGGACCUCUACGUGAUCCCGCCCGACAUGCUCUGCCACAAUAACCCACGCAAGAGGCUGACGAAAAGGCUGUGGAUCGGGUGCCUGGGCUGCGUCUCCGCCUAGGGAUCACAAACCAUCUGGCCUUGGCGUGCGUGCGUGCGUCUUGUAAAGAGAGAGAGAGAGAUGAAGAGGAGCGGAAACCCAUGGGGAGGCCAUGAUGCUGUCACGCCAUGUCAAAUAUCCUUUCUCUCUCGACUGUAGUCAUAGUAUUAUGCGUUUUAUUAGGAUGGAUGGACGGACGAUGGACGGAGGGAUGGAGACGGCGACGUGAUGCGCGGCAGCGUCAUUUCCCCGUGCCAAACGCCCACUCGAGUGCUGCUUUUCUCCUUCCACCGUUGCGUCUUUCCCGAUGAGCUUGCCGCUACUCGAUGUGUCCAUGUAGUUGAAGACGACGACGACUACUACUACUCCUGCUUGUGGGCCUGUCGAGCUCGAGCAUGCAUGAAAAGGAAGGAAGAAAGCCGGAGCCAUGGCGGGGGCGUCUUGUUCUGUACGACUCCAUCCGGAUCCCUUUCAAGUUAAUCCGUUGUUACUCUUUCCAUGUCUUGUGUUAGCUUACGACCUAGGGUGUGAUUGCGCGCUGAUUCUUUCCGGGCCUCGCUGAUUGAUCACACGAUCGCCUCUUUCAUUUAUGCAAACGCGUGUAGGGUUGUAGCCGGACGGCAUCAGCCUGUCCACGAGCGUUCGCAAAGUCAAGUCAAAAGCAUACACUAAUCCUCAUUACUCUAA